CAUACAGGAAGUGUAAAACCGUUGUGUUUACCAGAUUCUGUGCUUCUAACAUAACAUUUAUUCAGAACCUCAGCACUUUGCCUGUCUGCUUUGGUGGCAAAUGGGAUCUUGUUUGUAGGCAGAAAGAGCCUUCACUUUCACUUCUUCAGCUGCCCUACUCUCCUGCAGAACUUGUACGUUGCAGCUGUUAACAGGGCUUUGUGUGCUUAUCCCGCGUGCCUGAGGUAGCAGCACACUUUGUAUGAAUUAGAAGCAGUCAGUGCUUCUGCUUCAAAGACUGGGAGUUUAAAAUGUCACGGUGGCAAUGCAGCCUUUUUCUGUUACAACCACCCCUGCUGGUAAAUAAAGAAGUCGUGAAAAAGAAAACUGUCUAAUCAAAGAGCAAAGAUGCAGAGCACUUUGAAUUACCUCUGGCUGUUGUCUGACAUCCUAGGGCAGGGAGCUACUGCGAAUGUUUUCCGGGGCCGACACAAGAAAACUGGGGAUUUAUAUGCUGUCAAAGUUUUUAACAGUCUAAGUUUCCUUCGUCCUGUGGAUGUUCAGAUGCGGGAAUUUGAAGUGUUGAAGAAACUAAAUCAUAAGAACAUUGUCAAGCUGUUUGCCAUUGAAGAAGAGACAACAACUAGACACAAAGUACUAGUUAUGGAAUUUUGUCCGUGUGGGAGUUUAUACACUGUUUUAGAGGAGCCCUCUAAUGCCUUUGGUUUGCCAGAGUCUGAGUUCUUAAUCGUUUUGAGAGAUGUGGUGGCUGGGAUGAAUCAUCUCCGGGAGAAUGGAAUAGUGCAUCGUGACAUCAAGCCAGGCAACAUAAUGCGUGUUAUCGGUGAAGAUGGUCAGUCUGUUUACAAACUGACAGACUUCGGUGCUGCAAGAGAACUGGAAGAUGAUGAACAAUUUGUUUCUCUCUAUGGCACAGAAGAAUAUUUACAUCCUGACAUGUACGAGCGAGCCGUUUUGAGGAAAGAGCAUCAGAAAAAGUACAGAGCAACAGUUGAUCUGUGGAGCAUAGGGGUGACCUUUUACCAUGCUGCAACAGGGAGUUUGCCUUUCCGACCCUUUGAAGGACCUCGUAGAAACAAGGAAGUGAUGUACAAGAUAAUCACUGAAAAGCCUUCUGGUGCUAUUUCUGGAGUACAGAAAGCAGAAAAUGGACCAAUUGAGUGGAGGCGGGAGAUGCCUGUUUCUUGUAGUCUUUCGAAGGGUCUGCAAGUACUGCUCACACCUGUCCUUGUGAACAUUCUUGAAGCAGACCAGGAAAAAUGCUGGGGGUUUGACCAGUUCUUUGCAGAAACGAGUGACAUACUGCACCGAAUGAUAAUCCACGUCUUUUCACUACAGCAGAUGACCUUGCACAAAGUUUAUAUUCACAGCUAUAAUACAGCUACUAUAUUUCAUGAUUUGGUCUACAAACAGACAAAAAUACCAUCUCAGAAUCAAGAACUGAUAUAUGAAGGUCGGCGCUUAAUACUGGAGCCUGGCAGAUUGGCACAGCACUUCCCCAGAACAACUGAAGAGAAUCCUAUCUUUGUAGUAAGCAGGGAACCUGUGAACAUUGUUGGAUUGAUCUAUGAAGAAGUUUUACUUCCUAAAGUACAUCAACGUUAUGAUUUGGAUGGGGAUGCCAGUAUGGCUAAAGCAGUAACAGGUAUCAUCUGUUAUGCCUGUAGAGUUGCCACUUCCUUGCUGCUUUACCAGGAGCUGAUGCGAAAAGGAGUACGAUGGCUACUUGAAAUAAUCAAGGAUGAUUACAAUGAAAUGGUUCACAAAAAGACAGAGGUUGUCAUCAGGCUGGAUUUCUGCAGCAGAAACAUUGAGAAAGCUGAGAAAAUAUACGAGAAUCUGAUGCAGAUCAACUUGGAAGCGUCGGAAGUGGAUGAAAUUUCAGAGAUCCAGACAAAACUGUUGCGUCUCUCCAGCUCUCAGGGCACGCUAGAAACUAGUCUUCAAGAUAUCAAAACCAAACUUUCUCCAGGUGGUUUACUGACUGACACCUGGGCAAAUCAGGAAGGCAUGCAUCCAAAAGACAGGAAUCCAGAAAGGCUGCAGGCGCUGCUGCGUUCCAUCACAGAUAUUUAUUAUCAGUUCAAAAAAGACAAAGCAGAACGAAGGCUUCCUUAUAAUGAAGAACAAAUUCACAAAUUUGACAAGCAGAAGCUGUAUUUGCAUGCUACAAAAGCCAUAACUCUAUUCAAAGAUGAAUGUGUCAGCAAGUAUGAUACAUUUCUGGACAAGGCUGAGGACUGGACAAGGAAAAUGUUUCACACAAGGAAGCAGUUACUGGCUCUCACCAAUCAGUGUUUUGAUAUCAAAGAAGAGGUAUCCAAAUACCAGGAUUAUAUAAAUGAGUUACAAGAUGCUCUGCCACAGAAAAUGUUUGCAGCUUCCAGUGGGAUGAAACAUACAAUGAAUACAGUCUAUCCUAGCUCAAACACAUUAGUGGAAAUGACUCUUGGUAUGAAGAAACUAAAGGAGGAAAUGGAAGGGGUUGUUAAAGAGCUGGCUGAGAACAACCACAUUUUGGAAAGGCAAGCAAUUGUUUUCCCUUUUGGGGCUCAUACUAGGAGCUGGCUUAAUUUGAUAUAUUUUGUAGAUCCAGAACUUACAUCAAAGGAUGAUUCUGUAGUCUCUUUUGAACUGCUGAUCUGAGGUGUACCCCUCAAAAAAGUAUCCAAUGCCUUGAAACAUUACUGUAAAAUCAUACUGAUGCAGCAGUUGUGGCAUUUUUAUGUCACGUUACUUACAUUUGGCUAGAAAAAAAAAUCUGCUGCACAGAUUAAUUCUGAAUUUAAACACAGUGCUGUUGCAGAUCCAGUGGUGUCUUUUGCCUCCUCACUUUUAAACAUAUUUUUUAACAACUGUGGAAUUGUACCAAUCCAAAUAUAUUAUUUUGUAAAUUUCAGAUUGCUUAAAUAAAGUAAGGAGAAAGAGGCCAACAUAU